AAUCACCACCAAAACAGCUUUUUUAAUCUGUAUUUAUUAAUUUGUCUGUCAAAAAGCCGUUUGCCCUAUUGAUGGGUGUCGAGUUUCUAUAAUAAAUUUCUUAUUUAUACAAAUUUUUUAGUCGUCUUUACGGUUUUGUAUUGCUAAAAAUGGUUUAAAUACUUUAAUUUCGUUUUAAAUAUUAAUAAGUGGCUGUGCACCGAAUCUUGUAAACAAAUCCAAAAUGUCCGUUCCCAACACUGGAUUGAGCAAAUUGAAAAAGAAACAUAUUCGCGUGAAACAUCAAAAAGUGAAAUUGUUUCGUGCUAAUGAACCGUUAUUGUCUGUUUUUAUGUGGGGUGUUAAUCACACGAUAAAUGAAUUGAGCCAUGUUACCAUACCUGUCAUGCUGCUGCCCGAUGACUUCAGAGCUUAUUCUAAGCUCAAGGUGGACAACCAUUUGUUUAACAAAGAGAACAUGCCAUCCCAUUUCAAGGUGAAGGAAUACUGCCCACUAGUCUUCAGGAAUCUUAGGGAGAGAUUCGGUAUCGACGAUUUAGACUACAAGGAAUCGCUGACAAGGUUUAGAAAGCCAGAUAACUACCUCUGUUCGAAGACGAGGAGGUUAAACAGUAAGCUGAGGCGGUCGGCGACAGCGCCCUGUGGCGUUGGGGAAGUGAAACCUGACAGCCAUCAGGAGGGGAUAUUCCACGAUGCGAGUGAAUUCGUCAAACGCGGUUUGACGAUAAAACGACUGAGAUCGCAACCAAUACCUGACGAAUCAUCAGGAAAAUCUGGCGCGAAGUUCUACCAGAGCUACGACAGGCUUUUCAUUCUGAAGACCCUUACUUCUGAAGAAGUGGAGAGGAUGCACUCCUUCCUUAAACAUUACCAUCCGUAUAUAGUGGAGAGACACGGCAAGACGCUCCUGCCGCAAUACCUCGGCAUGUACCGGCUUACAGUCGACGGUAUCGAGCACUAUCUCGUCGCUACUAGGAAUGUGUUCUCCAAUCACCUCAAUAUACAUAAGAAAUAUGACUUAAAAGGGUCCACCGUUGACCGUGAAGCGUCCGAGAAGGAACUUGAGAAAGAACUGCCAACUCUCAAAGAUAAUGACUUCAUCAAGCAAGGUGUUCGCAUCGAUAUUGGUGACGCUGCCAAGGAGAAGCUUCUGGAGACGCUCACCGCUGAUGUUGAGUUCCUGACGAAGCUGCACCUGAUGGACUACUCGCUGCUGCUGGGCGUGCACGAGUGCGGGCGUGGCGAGGCGGAGGCGGAGGCGGCGCGCGCGCGGGACGCCGAGCUCGACAGCGACAGCGACAGCGACGACUCCGACACCGACACGCGCCACGGCGACCGAUGGGGGUACAACACCCCUCCGGACAGCCCCCGGGGUCUCGGGCGCCAGUCGUCUCUGCGCUACGAAGGCAUCAUACCCGAGCUCGACAUCUACGCCAUUCCGAGUCAUGAAGGUGCACCAAAGAAAGAAAUAUAUUUCGUUGCUUUAAUCGAUGUUCUGACGCAUUACGGAGUCAAGAAACAGGCAGCUAAAGCAGCGAAAACCGUUAAAUACGGGAGCAACGUUGACGGUAUAUCAACUUGCGACCCCGAACAGUAUGGGAAGAGAUUCAUAGAUUUUGUGGCCAAAGCUAUAGAAGGAAACUAAAUAUGUUUACUAUGCCUCUUUUAGUGCACUGUUAAAGGUAUUAUUAAUUAAUUAUUAUUCCAAAAUAAUUAUAUAUUUUUUGUUAUACUAUUACGUGAACAGUAUAGAAAUUUUACAUAAUAUUAUUUUCUUAAAGUGUGAUUGUAUAUUUAUUAUAUUAUAUAUUUAUAAUUAUUUCAUAAAAGGGUGAUGUGCCUUGUGAGGGAAACUGGAAAGCAAUUGUACUUUUAAUAGGAUUUGCACGAUUUGCAUUUUUUUUUUUAACAAUAUGUUUAAGUACAUGUAUUUUUCUCUGUAAAAGUUAUUGUAACUAAUGAAACAAUAUUCAAAUAGGUAUUAAAAUACAAUUAGUUCAAUUACAUUGAUUGUCCUUACAUCGAACUAAAUUCAAGUUGCAAUAGAAUUGUUCUAGUUGCCAGUUGCAACAAAAUGUUUCAUUAUAUUAUAUUUUUGAUUAUACAUAUGUGGACUCGACAGGGUGUUAUAGGGUUACAUCUUGAAUUUUAGUUAGCAAUUUUAGUAAGCACUAAAAGAGGCAUAAAAAAAAACAAGGAAAGGUCAGUGCACAACUGUCAUUCAAAAAGCUUCAGUUCUAAAAGAACAAGUAAAGUAUACUGGUUCAUUGAAAUUUAAUAUCUAGUGAAUGGUAAAAUAUUUUCAAAUAACUUGUUCAGCUUUGAUUAUCGUUCGUAAAUUCUAUUAUUAGAUACAGUUUAUUGUAUUUCAUUUAAAUAAUUCGAUUUUGUCGAAAACGAUAUUAUUAACCAUUGUCAAUUUUCCAUUGUAUUCCACUGCCGAUGCACGUAUCUUUAUUUUGAAAUAAAUAAAUAUUAAACUAAUAAAACUCGAUUAAAUUCGAUUAUUUGAAUAACAGCUUUUUAAAAUUACUAUGUGCCAUAACCGCAUAUAAAAAAUGUCUCGAAAGAAUUUUAAAAAUUUGUGAAUUAAUUUUAUAGAUAUAAAAUAUUAAUUUACAUUUCGAUGUAAAACACAAUAAUACUAUAGACGUGUUUUUUUUUAUUAAUUGUAAAAAAAGUGGCAUGGUAUGAUUUAUAAAUAGAUGUCGGAAGUAAAAAGCUGUUAUUCUGAUUGUGUCAUUUUGAUAGUUCCGAACUGAUACUUUAAAUCUACAUGCACACCUUGCAAUAAUUUUCAUAACUCGUUGCUAGCUUUUAUAAUGUUCCGCUAUUGUAGAUUAGUAUGUAAUGAAUAUUAUUGUUAAAUAUCAUUAUUGAAUAAAGUUUUGAGAGUUAAAUGAAAUUAAUGUUAAAUGCUGAAUUCGAUGUAAAGUUUGAUAUACGGUUAAUGGCUGUUACGAUGAGGCAUUGUGAUGACUACCGGAGUUGCUAUUUAAUCGUUACUUUUGCCAAUGGCUAAAUAAUUUGCUUAGUAUCUGUCUAGCGUAGUGUUAAAAGUAUAUUGUAAGAUUUUGUUAUUUAUUAUUCUAUAAAGAAUUAAGACUAGGAUUGUUGUUGAGAUCUUUGUGAUGUUGUUCUGUGAAACUGUCAAUAUUGUGACGCGGUGUUUAUAAUUGAAUUGUAAUUGGAGACGGUUAAUGAUUUACAAUAUAAAAAUUCUAAAUACUAUGUGUUCUAGAUGUUUCCGAACAUUUUGUUUAUAUUCGAUGUAUUGUGUAUAAAAAAAUAAAUAUUUGAAAAAUAAAUCAGUAUUCCGUUUCAUAGAUGCCCCCAAGCAUUGAUUUUAAACUUCGUCAAAGAUAACUUUUGUGAUAGAUAAUGUUUAAUUUAGAAUUUAUUUUAAUCUAAAUAAGACGGUCCGUCAUUUGAAUCUUGUUUAAAUAAUGCACAUUUUACACACAAAUAAUGUAAAAUUAAAAAUUUUAAGGUUUCAUUAUCGAGAAUUCAAUUAAAACUUUUUAGGUUUUGUAAUUUUUGAUGUGUCAACAUUGAUUCCUGAACAAUGUGUUAGUCAUGAAAUGAUUCAAUAUGUCAUAUAUGUUGCCAUUGUUUAGGUGGAUAAUUAAUUGUAAUGUUACAAUAAGUUUUGUUUUGUUAAGGGUGAGGGAGCUCCAGCCCAUUGGGCUUAUAUUUAUUACGAAUAAUACAGAUGCUUAGCUAAAUAAUCGGCAUGCAAGCGACACAAUUGAAAUGUUAUAAUUCUCUAGUCUAAUUCCUACUCUUGUAAAGACUUGUGUAUGAAGAAAAAUUAAUUAAACAUUAAUUUUUUUAAAUAUUCGGUUUAUAAAGUUUCUGCAA